AUGGCUUCAUCUCCAGAUUCUAGCAGUACGGUAGAUAGGCGGAGGCGGCCUGUUUACAGCAAUCAGACUAGCGCUUCUGCACGCGCACGGACGUCUCCUCGCCCGAUCUUUCCUCAACCAGAUGAUCCCGGUAGUGCUUCUACCAGGGAUGAACCGAGCAGUAGCUUGGACCGUCCUCGCCCUACCCUUCCUCGAGUGGUUGUCCCCACGUUCCCGGAGCGGAACCGCCCGCAGGGACAGCAGAAGCGCAACGCCGAUGCUGACCCGCCAUCCCCUCGCCAUCGCAUGACGAAACGCCUGCGCAAGGGAAUCACCGCAAAGGAGAAGCUCCACUGGUUGAAGCUGCAGGACUCGCAGCCCGACCUGUCGAAUCGCGCCCUGGCGAAGCUCGCGAAGGUGCAGCCAUGCCAGAUCCGCGAUUGGAAGAAGAUGAGGGAGCGGCUGGAGGUCUCUUCCAGCUGCCGUCGUCGCCUCAUGGGAGCUGGCCGCAAGUCCAAGUUCCCUUUCAUGGAAAGGGCGGACUGGAUCACCCAGGUGAUGGUGCCGUUUCUGAAGCCCUUGCGUGAAUCAACUGGACGCCGCAAGGAGGCCUUGGUUGUGCUCGACUCCUACCGCGGCCACUUGACUGAGGCGGUCGCGCAGACCAUGAGGAUGUUUCGGCUGUCACAGGCUGUCAUCCCAGGGGGCUGCACUCCGCUAGUGCAGCCUCUGGAUGUGUCAAUCAACCGCGCGUUCAAGUGCGGUGUGCGUCAUCGCUACAGUGGCUGGUUCGAAGAAGAGGGCAUCAACACCACCACCAAGUCCGUCCUUGACGACGUCAACGACCUGGUUGACGACGAGCUCGUCGUCAACCCCUUCUACGUCGAAGUCCCCAUGCCGGCCGAGGAGCUGCAGGCGGCGGCAGAGGAGGCUGACGCCGCUGAGGAGGAUGCGGAAGCGGCGGCGGCAGAGGAGGAGGGGGGCGUGCUUGAGGAAGGCGGGGAGGCAGAAGAGCCCAGCGAUGUCGAAUGGUGGCGCCCUGGCCGCUUUGACGGGGAAGACUGUGAAGAAUGGCAUGCAGGAGACGAUUCUGAGUAG